AUUUUGCACUUCCUCUUCGUCUGACGGCAGCCGGUAGCACACAUCUGCGGGCAGACAACUAUGGUUGUGAAACUGGCCCUGGCGAAAUAUGCAGCUCUAGCAGUCCUAAUCGUGUCCAAUGCGAUGUUUUCCGUCUGCGAAGAGACUUGCGCCGGAAACACGGCAGCAAAGGAAACCGAAAGUAAACAAGGAAGUUGCAGUUGUGGUAUGAACAGAGAGAAGCGGGACGUCAGAGAUUCCCCGGAUGAUUAUUCAAAUAUGUAUUCUUUUGAAAAGAAAAAUAGUGGUGAGUCUCCAUACCGACGAACCAACCACAUGGUGUUGAUCCCAGGUGGAACGUUCACAAUGGGAUUAGAUAAGCCAAUUCUGCCUCAAGACGGUGAAGGUCCAGCUCGUCGGACGACCAUUGAUUCGUUCUACAUGGAUGUGUAUGAAGUCACCAAUGCCGAAUUUGAAUACUUUGUCAAUCAGACUGGGUACAAAACUGAAGCCGAGAGAUUCGGUAAUUCGUUUGUGUUGGACUAUCUCAUACCCAAUAAGAUCCAAGAAAAAAUCACUCAGGCUGUGGCGUCGGCCCCGUGGUGGUUGCCCGUGGAUGGAGCAGAUUGGAGACACCCGUUUGGACCUGGAACGACGAUUGUGGACCGAAUGGAUCACCCCGUAGUUCACGUGUCGUGGAACGAUGCUGUAGAGUUCUGCAAGUGGGCAGGAAAGGUGCUGCCUACCGAAGCAGAGUGGGAGUAUGCGACGCGUGGAGGGUUAGAGAACAAACUGUUUCCAUGGGGCGAUGACUUACUUCCCAACGGGGAACACAGAAUGAAUAUCUGGCAGGGAUCAUUCCCGACGAAAAACACAGUAGAAGACGGGUUCGAGACGACAGCCCCGGUGACCAGUUUCCCACCCAAUAAAUACGGAUUAUACAACACGGUUGGAAACGCAUGGGAAUGGGUGAACGACUGGUACAAAAUACAGCACACGAGCGACGACCAACUGAAUCCAACCGGGCCACUUCACGGCACAGACAGAGUAAAGAAGGGUGGAUCGUACAUGUGCCACAAGUCGUACUGCUAUCGAUAUCGAUGUGCUUCAAGAAGCAAUAACACACCUGACAGCUCGGCUUCCAAUCUGGGAUUUCGCUGUGCGAGUCAAAAGCAACCGUCUGAUGUGCCUGUCGUUGAACACGACCCUAAACUGAAGUAGUGAAAGCUUAAUUAAGUGAGUAGUCUGUAUCGCAGCUGGACGAAAAUGUUGCUGUAGAAAUUGGUAGCACAUUACACUGUCAUCGACUUA